UUUCGCAGACAAUCCAUUCGACUUUGUGGCUUUGUGCAUCGAGUCUAAAGGCAGCAGCUGAACUUUAACAGAAUCCACCUUAAAUCUCAGCCUUAACUGCACAAGGCAAAACAAGUGAGAAUUAGGAGAGGAGAGGGGGGCUUUAACAUUAAAAAAAAAAAGCGAGAGAGAGAGAGAGAAAAGAAGGCUCCAUUAAGCUGCAAGGCCUCUCACUCCGCGCUGCAAGGGAAGGGGGAAUUACCUUAAGUAUAGGGUAGGUGGCCUCACAGGGGUGGGGAGGGGGUUGAUUGCUCUCAAUCAGAAAGUUUGAUGAUGACCAUGACUACGAUGGCUGACGGCUUGGAAGCUCAGGACUCCUCCAAGUCUGCCUUUAUGGAGUUUGGUCAGCAGCAGUCCCACUCCCAGCAAAGCUCGCCGGUCAUGGCAGCCGGUCACUACCCUAGUCUACACUGCCUGCACUCCGGCUCCCACCAUCACCCGCAACACCAGCACGACACCAACUACUCCGGCAGCAACUCGUACAGCCGCUCCCUGGCCGCCUACCCUUACAUGAGCCACUCUCAGCACAGCCCCUACCUGCAGUCCUGCAACAGCAACACCACGACUCAGAGCCGAGCCGAGGAACCAGACCAGCAAAAAACAACGGUGAUAGAAAAUGGGGAAAUCCGGUUUAAUGGGAAAGGGAAGAAAAUUCGCAAGCCCAGGACGAUAUACUCCAGUCUCCAGCUGCAGGCUUUAAACCAUCGCUUCCAGCAAACCCAGUACCUGGCACUACCAGAGAGGGCAGAGCUGGCUGCUUCUUUGGGUGUCACUCAGACUCAGGUGAAGAUCUGGUUUCAGAACAAAAGGUCCAAGUACAAGAAGCUGAUUAAACAAGGCAAUAAUCCCCUCGAAAUCGAUCAAUUGGCCGGCACAGUCGCCCUCUCGCCACGGUCUCCAGCCAUUCCUCCCGUGUGGGACGUUUCGGCCUCUAAGGGGGUUAGUAUGGCUCCCAACAGCUACAUGCCUGGCUACUCCCACUGGUACUCGUCCCCGCACCAAGACACAAUGCAAAGGUCGCAAAUGAUGUGAAGCUCCUGGGUCCAGUUGGGCAAAAGACUUGUGGAACAAGUAGCACCCAUGCCAGUCACGUGCCUGGAUCUGAGGAAUUUACAGUGGCUGCACAGGAGCCCACGAGUGGGCUUAACCUCAGUGAUAACACCUCAUUGGAUAAUCUCUGCUGGACUCCCAAAAUAAAAAAACAAGUUUGGAUUAAAGGGCAAAUUAUCUGCAUGAGACAAAAACAAAAGAAAAAGCCAUGUACAGCAAAUGUGUGGCUUGAGCAACGAGCAGGGAGAAGCGGGCACCCAAAAAUACACUUGGAACCCCAUGAAAUAACGGAUCUUGGACCCUACUUAGGAGCCACUGUUUUCUAGCGAGACUGUGAAUGAAUCCGCUCUAGAGACGUUUCUAAUGAUGACACAUAUGUAUAUAUUGUUGAAUUGCAGUUGUAUAUAUCCUUUGUAUGUUAUUGUCUUUCAUAAAUGGAAACAAAAGCAA